AUGAGGCUUUCACCUUCUUUGAGUGAGCUGAAUCUCCUGGAAAAGUCACGUGUCGUCAAUCAAGAUGCUGGCAAUCGAAAUUUCCACAUCUUCUACCAACUCCUAUCGAACGCCUUUCCCAAUGAGAUGCGCCAAAAGUUGCUGCUCUCCCAAACAGCUGAUCGAUACAAAUUCCUCAAUCAGGGAAACGUCUGUGUUGAUAGGGAGAUCGACGAUGUUGCAAAUGGACGUCUAACUGAUGUAAAGACUCAGAUUUCGCAUGCCAUGGAUCGCUUGGGUAUUACUACUGAAGAAAAGUUAGAAGUUUAUAGUCUAUUGGCCGCUUGCCUUUUGAUCGGUGAAAUCAAGUUCGGUGAACGCAGUGGCCUCGACAUGAGCUACGUUGACGGGAAAGCAGGUAGGCUUAUUCUGGUGGUUAUGCUACACGGUGCGCCAAAAGUACACCCUCGUGACACCUCAAGAUGA